GGUUGGAUAAAAUAGAACGGAAACCAGAGCUUAUUCAUUUAUUUAAUUUAUGUACAGAACAGAACAAGCUACCAAUAAUUGCACAAUAUAAAAAUCGAUAAUAAAAAAAUAGCAGAUAGUAUAGAAAACAGCAACAAAAAGCUGAUUAAAGCUAAUCAAAUUUGCAUCUGAGGAAGAGAAUCCAGUUCUUCUUCCUCCCACUCUGCACUCUGUGUUCCUUCCUUCCUCACUCCCAGCCGCUCUGUCCGCCUAUUCCCCUCUCAACCCUCUUUUAGUGCGAAUAACAUCUGUACCGAUUCGAUCUUCGAGAAAUCCUUUCCAUAUUCGGAGUCACAGCAGAAACCCAGAAUUCAACUUUUGGAAAAGGAUAGGGGGCAGUGAGCUAGCGGGGAAUCCAAUUGCAGCGAUUCCGCCCACCUGGCAGCCGAAUUCGGCUACUAUAUAAAGCUAAGGAACAAGCUACUUCAAGAAAUCAAGCUGGCUUUCUCAGACGGAGCUGUGUUGGCCGCCGAGGCCGGAGGAGGUGGACUCGCCGACGAGACCGUUCCUCUUGUAAUGGACGCCGACGGCGGAGGAGGAGGAGAAAGGUUUGGUGGGCAGAGGAGGAAAGUUGGCGAUGAGGAGAAUUUGGCCGUUGAGGUUCCAGAGACUGCCCAUCAGAUUAGCAGCGAUUCAUGGUUCCAGGUAGGAUUUGUUCUUACAACUGGGAUCAACAGUGCCUUUGUACUAGGUUAUUCAGGGACCAUAAUGGUCCCUUUGGGAUGGACUUAUGGAGUGGUCGGUCUAAUUCUGGCCACAGCCAUGUCAUUGUAUGCAAACUCUCUCAUCGCCAAGCUACAUGAGUUUGGAGGGAAAAGGCACAUCAGAUACAGAGAUUUGGCUGGCUUCAUAUAUGGAGAUGGAGCUUAUUAUAUGACAUGGGGUUCUCAGUAUCUGAAUCUGUUCAUGAUCAACACUGGUUUUAUCAUAGUUGCUGGUCAGGCUCUUAAGGCUGCCUAUGUUCUUUUCGACCAAGAUGGUCCGAUGAAGCUUCCAUACUUCAUAGGCAUGGCUGGAUUUGUAUGUGGUCUGUUUGCCAUUUCAAUUCCUCAUUUGUCAGCACUCAGACUCUGGCUUGGAGUUUCAACACUUCUCAGCCUGAUCUAUAUCAUUAUCGCCUUUGUGCUCACGAUUAAAGAUGGGGUCAAUGCACCUCCCAGAGACUACAGCAUCCCGGGGACAACUACAAGCAAGAUCUUCACAACCAUUGGAGCAACUACCAAUCUUUUCUUUGCAUUCAACACAGGAAUGCUCCCAGAGAUACAGGCAACAAUAAAGCAACCAGUAGUGAAGAACAUGAUGAGAGCACUCUACUUCCAGCUCACAGUUGGUGUUCUGCCAAUGUAUGCCAUCACUUUCAUUGGCUACUGGGCUUACGGAUCAUCCACAUCAACCUAUUUGCUUAGCAGCGUGGAUGGUCCGGUUUCGCUCAAGGCAUUGGCCAAUAUAGCUGCAUUCUUCCAAUCAGUCAUUUCUCUACACAUAUUCGCGAGUCCUAUGUACGAGUUCUUGGACACGAAGUACAAGAUCAAGGGAAGAGGAUUCACCAUCCAGAACCUGACAUCCAGGAUAGCAGUGAGAGGUGGCUACCUCACCUUCAACACAUUGGUUGCAGCACUGCUGCCAUUCAUUGGAGAUUUCAUGAGCCUUACCGGGGCGAUUAGCACGUUCCCUCUCACGUUCAUUCUAGCAAACCACAUGUACCUAGUGGCUAAGAGGAACAAAUUGAACUCGUUUCAGAAGCUAUGGCAUUGGCUCAACGUGUUGUUCUUUGGGGUUCUGUCGUUUGCAGCACUUGUUGCUGCUCUACGGCUGAUUGCUGUUGACUCCAAAACCUACCAUUUGUUCGCGGACUUGUAAUGGUGGCUUCCCUCCAGAUGCUGCCCUGCCCCACCUGAUUUGUAACGAUCAGGAAAAUAGGCUUAUAUAGUUCAUAAUACAGCGCUGGUACAAACACAGCGUUUCUGUAAAGUGUUUGUGCAAAGAAGUCGCAAAAAUGGCGCUUCAGUUUGUAUUGUUAAUCGAGUAGGGUUUUGAAAUCCUCGAACAAUAACAGUUGCUAAGCACGUUGGAUCCUCCCACAUCCUGGCUUCUGCAAGUCCCUAAAAAUUUGGUCAGUUUGGUCCAAUUUGUGAUUCUUUGACAGUGGUGGUUCGGUUGGAUAGUGACUUUCAGGACUCUGUCAUUCCUUCUCUUCCACAGGUACCAGCAUGAAGUGCUGAUCACCUAGUCCGACAGAAUCCUCAUCAUAUUGGGUCUUUGCUCAAAAGGGAAUUUUUCCCUUACCAAAAAAAAAAAAAGGAGAAAGAAAGGGAAUUUUUCUUUUAAAGCUGGAGAGUGACUGAGCUUUAUUCCUCUAAGGGAAGCUUGGUCCAACUCCUUUGUAAAGAGAGGAAUCAUAUAAAGUUGGUGAGUAGUAUGAAGACUCCAGAUGAAAAAUGAUUUCUUUGAUGUAUGCCUCUUAAAGUUUGGAAAAGGUUGUAAGGAGUGUUUAUUACACACUAUCGAGAAUCUAAUUCAUAGAAAGG